GACAACAAUAACAUAAAAGAAACAAAACUUCUUCCUCUUCCACUUCUCUCUUUAUCAAGAAUCAAUGGCUUCUACUCUUACUACUCCAACUCCAACAAAUGACAUUGUUGAUGCUCAAAGUCAUGACACCACAUUCUCAACCCCAGUUUUCCAGCCAGCUCCACCGACGACUCGCCGGAGCCCAUCAUCUCUCUCUUCUUCCCCAUCUCACUCUUCCAACUCUUCCUUUGGAUCAUCACUCUCUUUCCAUGAUAUUCUUGAUGAUCAUAAUUCCCAAAUUAGCCCAACAACUCCUCUUCAAUUUCCAAAAGGGGUACCCUUUUCUUGGGAAAAACUUCCUGGAAUCCCAAAACAAAUAUUUUCCAAGAAAAAUAUCAGUACUUCUCUGGGACAACUUCUCCCAUUAAUGCCACCACCAGCUGGAAAUGCAAAUAUUCCAAAUUCAUCCAAGAAAAUCAGAAGUUUUCUUGAUGAGUUUUCUCCAAGAAAAAGUGCUGCUAAAAGAUUUAGAAAAGAUCCAUUUUUUGCUGCAUUUGUGGAGUGUUCCAAGGAUGAUCAACAACAAUAUGAUGAUGACAUUUGGAAAAAUGUACCUUCAAAGGUACUAUCAAUAAGAAGUUUAAGUGAUAGAUUUGGAUGCAUUAGUAUGUAUACUUCUUGCAAAAGAGCUUGUACAGUCUCUGAGUCCAUUAUUUAUCUUCCAAGAUCAAGAAAUUAUACUAGGAAGUACUAGUGAUCAUGAGUCAAUUAAGUCCUAGAUCCACAGACAGAUGUGAAGCUAGGAUUUUAAGUUUAUCAGUUCUAAAGCGAAUCUAUUGCUCGUUUUAGUUAUGGGGUUCACAGUUAUUAAUGAAUUAGAUAAAUCAUCCGCCCUUCACGCGUGAUUGAAUUACCCUCACAUCUUAUUGAUUUAUAGUGUAGUUGUUAAAGAUACUGAAAAUUCAUA